UGAACACAGUGCGUGAUCGGGCGAGCCUGGAGGCGAAGGACAGAACACUGCCAUGCUGUCUAGUUUACGUCCCCGGCCGUGGAAUGGGCAUGUGCAACGAAGGCUCUUGAGUGCUGUGUUGACCCCUGCAGUAGGAACGCGACAUGGCGCGGACGAACAGGUUCUGGUCGACAUGAACGGAGGCUUUCGUGCUCUACAGCUCAAAAAGGUCAAUGGAGUGCCGACCUUUGACCGGCAGUCUUUGAUCGAAGUGCGUCAGCACUUGGAGUGGUGGGACGAAAACUUCAUGGUCAACGUGGUAGCGUUAAACGGAGACGGCGGAGAUUUUUGCAGCGGUUUGGACCUAGCUGAUCUGCGCGGAGGUCACCAGCAAAAGGUGAAGACUUCUUUGGAGGCUCUGUGCAACGUCGUGACUGCUCUGGACACAAGCAAGACGCCGGUUGUCGCUGUGCUGGACGGUUCGUGCAUCGGAAGUGGUUAUGCUCUGGCAAUGGGGAGAUAUAAGCUUGCCACGGAAAACUCUACCUUCCACGUGCCGGAAGCAACGCUUGGCCUUGGCCUCGCCGGGGGACUAUCGUACACCCUCCCUCGGCUUCUUGGUGGAAACCAGCCCCUCGCCUUGUGCCUGGCCUUGACAGGAAUGGCACUAGAGGGUCCCGACCUGGUCUUGACGCAGAUUGCCACCGGCUACAUGACGCACCGAAGAUUGGAUAUGAUGAUGGAGCGGCUAGCAGAGAUUAAUCAGGAUCCCAAACCGUUUGGAGACAAGACACCUGACUGCAGCGAGGAUCCGACUGCCGUCCAAACCCUGCUAGAGCGGUCUGUCGACUUGUCGUGGAACGUGGACGGGCUUCCAGACGACCUUUUAGAUCCGCCAGAGAGUCAGAUCCCUAUUACACCCUUUAUUCACGACCUUCUUCCUCAGGUGGAGCGAGUGUUCGCGGUCGAGAGCGUAGAGGAAGCAAUCGACAACCUCAAGGGACUAAGCGAUCCAUGGGCUAAGGUGGCCUUGCAAAACAUAGAGCGGUCAUCGCCUCUCUGCCUCAAGGUGAUAUUUGAGCAAGUUAAGCGAGGGGGGAACAAGGACUUGCAGGAGUGCCUGGAUGAUGAGUUUUCCGUCAACACUCAUCUUUUCGGGUUGCAUGACUUCGAGGCGGCGAUGCAGGCUCGUGAAUCAGGGGGAGGCACACCAAUCUGGAAAUGCGGCAGCAUGGAGCAGGUUUCCCAGGACCAAGUCACGGCUGUCUUCGAGCCAGAGCGACGUUCAAAAAAGUAACUCUUCGUUGAACAGUAAAAGAGAAAGCUAUCAAGGUUUCGGUUCCCCGGUUGCGGGAGUGUGCCUCAGUGCAAUGCAGACAAGGCCAUGUUGUUGGUUUUUUCUUCCAAAGUGCUAGGUGUAGCUGGAGGCUUGCUUGACGUUCUUGGUGUAACGAAAUUCCACGUCUCUCUAUCAUUCUAAGUGUUCCUCCAGUGUCCAGUGUCCAAGUUUCUCUUAUUUUCCGUCCGCGGUAGGGGCUGUUGUCUUCAAAGAAUGAAGUUCAAGAUAAACAACGUUGCGCCGGUGCUGCGCUGUGCUGCUCCAAACCUCCUCGGUGUCGCUCUAACCGUUGGGGUCCCAAGAAAACGACUCCCGAUCCUUU